AUGGGAACGCACCAGGAGCCGAGCGAGUCGACAACGAGCGAGCCGCAAGACGCGCCGCAAGGCCAAGCCAGCAUCCCGCCGGGCGCGCGCACCUCCGAGUCGGAGCUGCCGCAGGGUAUCGCGAUACCGAUCCUCGAGUACAGCCAGCUCAUGAAGAAGCCGGCGCUCAAGGCCAUCGACUUGAACAACGACGACGAGAAGACAAUGACGAUGGACGACGACGACGACCAAGACUAUGUAGAUCCGACGCUCUUCUCACCAGAAGUCUCGCGCCACUCGAUCGAGGUCGCUGUGCGCCGAGCCCGGUCACUGGAAUUGGAGCUCCGCGACAUGGCGCAAGAGGUCGCUGCGCAUCCGCCGAGCUCGGUGGCGACCGACGUUUCAUCGACGCUCCUGACGGCUGUCAAACGUAUCGUGGGCGCCCGGAAUCGGUACUCGCUUCUCGACGAGAAGCAAGCGUCCGCGGACGCGCAAAUGGUCGGCGAGAGCGACAACACGGAUGGCGAUGGCAUGCAGCUGAGCCCCGUGUCCAACGGCGGUGACGUCUUUAAGAGCCGACUGUCGACGCCAUCGGUGCUGCGCAAGAUCUCGGCCUACGGUCACGACCACGCUGGCUCGAUGAUCCCACCAAAGCAGAAAAAGCGCAUCAUGUGGCGCGAUACGUCGACGGUCGCGAACGGCGACGACGACGAAGCACUCGUCCCGGACCACGAGGUGAAGAUAACUAUCUCGGACGAUCAGACGACUAUGACACGGCCUCCAAAGCGUGCGAACAAGCAAAAGACGGGCGUCAUUCGGCGGCUCUCGCCCAAGGAGAAGGAAGAGCUGUACGAGCUGCGGCCAGACCUCAAGAUCGUGCCCAACUGGGCGCAAAAGUACCGCGAAGAGAUGACAGGCGCCCACGACUCGGUCCAGUGCAACAAUUGGCUCGUGCUCUUGAUCCUCUUCCUCAUCUGCCUCCUCGUGUUUCUAUUUUAUAUGAUCAGCCAAACCAAGCCCGAGCAAGGUCUCUAA